GUGAAGAUUCAAAGAAGCAGCAAUGGCGAAGUUGGGAUUUCUCAUGUGUCUACAAUCCCCAAUCCCACCCAAUCAAACUCCCCCCUCUUCUUCUCUACAUCAAAACGACGCCGUUUUCUUAACAAGGCGAAAAUCCUUCAUCUUCACAGCUUCUUUACUCACCUCUCAAAUUCCAAAUUUUUAUCACACUUCUCCAUCCGCCAUUGCCCAACAAGUGGAUGAAGAACUCGAUCAAGACGAAAAUCGACUCGUUCAAAUCUUCCAGGAAACAUCAUCUUCAGUUGUUUAUAUCAAAGACAUUGAGUUAGCUAAAAACCCUAAUAAUAGCACAUCUGGAAAUGGUGUUGCUGAAGAAGAGAAUUCAAAAGUGGAAGGCACUGGUUCUGGUUUUAUCUGGGAUCAAUUUGGUCAUGUUGUAACUAAUUAUCAUGUAAUUUCCAAACUGGCUACGGAUACGAGCGGUUUACAACGUUGUAAGGUAUAUUUAGUUGAUUCUGGAGGUAACAGUAUUACUAGAGAAGGCAAGAUAGUCGGUUUCGAUCCCGACUAUGACCUGGCUGUUCUUAAGGUUGAUGUUGUGGGAAAUGAGAUAAAGCCAGCUACAAUCGGCACAUCUCGUGAAUUACAAGUGGGGCAGAGCUGCUUUGCAAUCGGAAAUCCGUAUGGAUAUGAGAACACUCUAACUACAGGGGUUAUCAGUGGAUUGGGUCGAGAGAUACCCUCUCCAAAUGGUAGAGCCAUUCGAGGAGCAAUUCAAACCGAUGCUGCUAUUAAUGCUGGUAAUUUCUUGAAAUUUCAUUUUUUUUUUGCUUUAAGUCGAAAUUCUUUAAAUGUAUCAACAAUGAAACGGAGUGGAACAUCCUCCGGGGUGAAUUUUGCAAUACCGAUCGAUACAGCUGUUCGUAUUGUGCCUUACCUUAUUGUAUACGGAACUCCAUACACCGAUCGAUUCUGAAAGCUUCAAACUGAUUCUAAAUAGUUCAGUUUGAUCUUUAUUUAUUUAUUUACCUUUAUUUAU